GCGGCGCCGGCGGCUCUCGCGCAGUGUGCUCUUCGCAAAGGCCAAAAAUCGACGCGAGGGGGCUAGCCGAAGGACGCCCACAAUACAGCGUCACACCCCAGCAGCAAAGACAGCGAAAAACGAGCCGCCGGACAUGGAAAUCGAGCCGCAGAGCAGCAUGGCUCUGCAAGCACCACCGAACGCAAACGCGGUCCCCGCACCCGCCGCAAAAGCGCCAGCGACCCCGCCCGACGUCCCACUCAUCAUGGCGCCCCCAUCGGGCCCCGCGCGCGUCACGCCGGCCUACGCCGCCGCCGACGCCGAACGCGUCACGAAGUUCCCGGCCGAGCCGUGGUGCCUCCCGCCGGACUACGCGCGACCUGCAUUACCUCCUCUGCCUCUACUCACGGAACAGCGCCAACCGGCCCAAGCGCUACCGGAACAACGGAUGAGUGAAUUGUGGCAAAUACGUACCCCGAAACCGCCCCAGAAAGCCAUAAAGAGACGCCGCAUAACAGAUAUGAAGCCGCCCCCCGCCGUCGGCUCGAAAAUCAGGGUGCACACCUUCCCGGAGAACGACGAGUCAAAACCGGCAGAAUGGUUUCCUGCCGUCGUCUGCCGCUGCCACCCGCCGCCCAAGAAGAAACGGACCGGUGGAAGUGUGGAGAUUAUAUAUGAUGAAGAUGGAAGCGUGGAUUUUCUGGACUGGCCGGAAGACGGCGACGAUAUAGAAGUCGUGGAAAGUGCCGACUGGGACCCCGACGAGCUCGCGAAGUGGUCGCGCAAAGACAAGCGUCGAGGCCGACGGCCGCCGCCGCCGCCGCCGCCCGAAGAUGUGCUGUGUGACAUGAACGAGGCCGCCCACCUGAUUUAUUUCGCUCUGUUGCAGCUGCGGUCCGAGUACGCGGAGAUCGUUAUCGAGAGUGGUGGUGGUAGGUGCUCUGCAUUGAAACGAACGGCUUAUGAUGUGUUUGACCGGGAAUGCGCCUCUAUUACUCAAUCGGAAGAUCUGAAAUCGAGCGAGCCGCUCGUCGAGGCGUUCCUGACGGGCCCCUGCGCGCGCGGCGACAAGUGGAUGCCCUGGCACUGCGCGCUCGGUGCGCAUGAAAGAUAUCUGUUGGAAGUGGUCCGGCGGCUGCCGCGGCUGUCGGACGAGCUAUCUCGAUCCGUAGUCACGUUCGCCUUUAGCGGCUCGCGGGACAUCGAGUUGUUCGAGACUUUACUCAGACCUCUUUUCGAGCAGCACGCGUCCGAGGAGGACGCGGCGUUAGGCCAGCUGUUAAUACAAAAGCCGUUCGAAGCUUUACGGAGAGGCGGCGCCCUCUGCCGGCGCUACGAGGCGUAUCGACUGCGGGGCAAGAAGCUCCACACGACGUGCUACCAGUGCCACCCGCCGGCGGGCGCGGCGGGUUCGGAAUUUGUCUUUUAUAUUGUGGACCGCACGGCGCGCUUCGCGGAACUCGGGAGAAGGGUCCACGCGUUCCUCGAGAAAGGCCUCGGGAGGAACUUCUUCGAGUCGGGGCAGCUCGCGAAGGAUGCGGUAAUAGGCGACGCUUUACGAGUCAAGCUCGAGGGCGAGCUGCUCGCGGAGCGGGAGGUCGGGCCGACCAUGGCAAAGAUGUUUUUGGUAAGCACGCACCUCGCCUUCCCGCAAGCGCAUUUAUUAGAUGCGUCCUGCGCCGUGGGCGACGGCGCGGAGCAGGCCUUUGAUUAUUUGUAUCCUCAUGUCCAGGCGCGCGCGCGGUCGGCGCACCGCGCGGUGUUGUUGGAUGCGCUGACGGCGCAGUUGGACGAGGAGGCGUUGGAUCGGCUCGAGCCUAGAUUGAGGCCCAUGCUGCGCUUCGUCGGUGGCGCGGCGCGGGCGCGCUUCGGGCUUUGUGUGGAGCAGGUUUCGGAUUCUGUGACGCCCUUCGACCUGCAGGUCCAUUUGUGCGAGUGGCGCAAGUUCCGGACGCGCGUCGACCGCAUGCGGCUGUGUCGGCGCGGGUCCGUCCUGGACCGCACACGGGCGCUGCGGGCCGUCGAGGCCGCGCGGCGGACUCGUAAGUCGCCGUCGGGGCGCGGCUAGUUUUUGUUGUUCUCGUUCGUUCGUAAGUCAUUCGUUAU